UCCGUGAGCUACGGACGUGUUUCGCUCGAGCGCAUCGCGCAUCUUCUCCCAACUUCGACCUACGAUCUCUCGCUCGCACCCGCUCGCCGUGAAUAGCACUGUCUCGCUCGCACACCGAAGUGAUCGUGAUAUCGUGCCGCGGAUUUUGAGAUUCGAUUGAGAAAAGGCGGUGAAAAUAUUACACAUUAUAGUUGUCGGCUUCGAUUGCGUCGCCUGCGAUUUUGUCAUCGCGAUCAUUGUUAGUCGGCGGCUCCUACGCGAUAAUUAUUCCGGCUUGUUGUUUAACCCCUUUGGGCAAUGCCCAAUUCUAAAUUGUUAAUUGCGUGACAAAUUCAGAAGGAGAUCCCAGCAAAAAAAAAUAAAAUAAAAAAUAACAAUAAUAAAUACGAAACACCAGCUCACCCACGACAUAAUGCAGAUCGAUCCGAAGCCACGAUGUGGUGGCAGCGUGGCUAGCUUUACCGUUAUGCUGCUGCUGAUCAUCGGCGCCGAAUUCGCCGUUGGAAGGCCUGAUGUGCGCGAGUCGCCCUUCGCCCGCGAACUGCAGCCGCCGCUGCUGCAGCCGGACGUGACCUUCAACCCCGCCCAAGGGGGCGUGGGCGGUGGCGUCGGGCCAAAGGCCAUCGACAGCUAUGGCAACCCCAUCGACGCUUUGCGACCCAUCGACACGCCCGACGGUCGCAAGGUGGUUAGCGCCCAGGGCGUCCAGUUCGAGAUACCCACGUACGCCUCGGGGAUCACGGAGAUCCGCCGACCGGCCGACGAUCUGUUGCCGCCGCACAUUGAUGCCAUCGCUGUGGGCCUGGAACCCAGCCAAGAUCAGAAACCGAACUCAUUCACUGGCACAGCAUCAGCAUCUGCACCAGCACCACUUCCAGCCACAUCACUAACACCGCCCCACCAUGAUCCACCACCAACCAUCGAGACGACGACCAGCGCGGAUGUGGAGGUGGAGCAGGCGCACCUGGUGCCACUUUCCUCCCCGGAGAAGGACAAGCUGGCGGAGCUGCCCGAUUACCUCAAAGAGUUGCAGCGCGAGGAUCCCAAUAUCGGUGGUCCAGUGGAAUGGAAGCCAGCUGAAGAUGGAGCCCCUUUGAGUGUAAUUGCCUGGGAUCUGUUGCCACCUCAUAAGGAUCAGGAUGUCCAUCACGGUGAGGAUACUGCCCAGGAACCCACAAUCAUCACAGAAGCGCAGCAGUUGCCUGCGAAGAAGGUUCAGGGCAUCGUGGAUCCCAUUAGCCACAAUAUACGGUUUAGUCUGAGCAGUGGAAAUGUGAGUCCAGUGGCUCCACAGCCGCAGGAGCAGCAAAUCAACGAUGGACCAGCCAAUCAUGGCACCAAUGCGCAUGUAGGGGGAACUACGACCAGCAAUCCAGGACGCUUCCCCAACCGACAACGUGGAACGGCGCACUACAGCACCACCAGGAGCAGCACCACUCCCAGACCCAGGAUCACCACCACUCAACCCACUACAACCACAACGAGGGCCACAACUACUACUACGACCAGGAGAACCACAACCCCUACAACUACCACAACCACCACUACAACUACCACCACACCGAAACCAGAGAUACGCACCACCAAUCCAGUACCCAGCACCACCGAGGAUCCCGGCACAUUCUAUAAGCUAGAUAACGAGGAGUCCUAUGCCUACACCUUACCUCCGUGGUUGCAGGAGGUCACCGAUCCGGAUUUGGAUGUUGCGGUCACCUUUGAGGUGCCAGCCGACAACGAUCAGUACAACCACACUAUAGCAAAUGAUUUGGUGCCACCACUGGAGCCUUUUGUGGAUCUGGGCAACAUUCAGCUGAGGCCACCGCCCACCAGCAAGCCGACAACAACCAGCACCACCACUACUACUACUACAACCACCACGGCAGCACCUACCACCACAAGAACAACUACACCACGAACAACCACAACAACAACGCCACGAACAACGACAACUACAACUACAACCACAACAACCACGCGACGUCCGAGCACGCAGCGAACCACCAAAGCACCCAUACCACCCACGCACACCACCCAAGCGCACCCAGAACCACCACCGCCAGUGAAACUGACCACAACCACCAUCCAAAAUGCAGAUAAUCCGUCGGAGGAAACGAAGAGCACCACUGCGAGCUCCUUGGACGCGGGCAGCAAUCCCUUCGAUUCGGCGACGAUUCCCGCUUGGCUGAGGGACUUCGACUAUCCGGAUGUGGGUCCCGGCGUUCCCUUCGAUCCGGAUAACUUUGGUCCAUCGGCGGCCAGCAGCAGCACCCGUUCCCCCACCAAUCCGCCACCACGCCCCCCUACCGUCCCGUCCGCCCCCUCUGCUUUUCCAUCCAAAGUCACGCUUCCGCUUCCAGUCAGCAGCAGCAGUAGCAGUAGCAUCAGCAGCAGUGAGGAGCCACCGCUGGUCCUUGUGCCGCGCUCUGAACAAUCGGACGACACUUCCAGUUCCGGUUCCAGUUUCGGUUCCCGUUCCAGUUUCGGUUCCGCUAGCGGCCCGGUUCCCACUACCAACUCUUUAACGCCUUUUGCAGCGCGCUUCGAGCCACAGGCCAGCAGUCCAAAUUCUGCGGGUGGAGAACCCUUCCCGCCCAGCAAGGUCGAGUACACGAAGAGCGACGAGGGCAAGGUCAUCAGCACGCCGGUCGCCAGCAAUCAGCGAAAGACGGAGACGGCGGCUCCAGUUAGCAACAAUGGGAAAUACACGGGUGGAUUCGGAGCACCGGCGGGCUUACUCAAGCCACUGCCGAGCAGUUCCACCAGUUCCGCCUCCAACUCCGGAUCGAAUGGCCGGGAAAACACCGACAUCUAUGUGGCUGGCAAUGCGCACGAAUUUAGCGAAAUUGUAAAGGCGAACAAGGCGAAGCCCACGGUGAAUCCGGGUCGCUACAAUGGUGGCUUUGGAGCGCCCACUGGCGUCCUGUCGCCCCAAUCCCAAUCCCCAUCUCCAUCCCAAUCGCAGUCACAGUCGCACUCGGAACCGCGUCCCUUCCAGUCGGUUCAGCAGCAUCAGCAGUCGGAGCAGGGGGAUCGCCCAUCAUUCGCCGGACCUCGAAGGACAGAUAGCCGAUUCGGCGGACCGCCCGGCAUUCUAGUUCCCUUCGACAAUGUGCAGCGGACUGGGGGUCAGUAGGUGGAGGGGUCCGGGGAGACCGCGAAUACUUUAAAUUAUUUAUAGCCCAUGUACAUGUACCUAUGCUAGAGCCAAGUGGAUAGGUUGGCCAACACAACACUUGCGAAAUAAAACGACUCAGAAUAAUCAA